AUGAAAUUUGCUCUUCUUGUAGUAGCUUUGGCUCACGUAGCCUCCUGCGGACACUUGGGUGCUCUUCGUGCUCCGGCUGAUGUUACCUACGUUGAUGGAUCUUUUCACGCUGGAUUAGCCGCCGGACCAGUCGGCUAUUCUGGAGCUGUUGCCUCUUCCGCUCCAGUUGCAUUUUCUGCUUCCCCAGUCGCUACCGUUACCGCUUCUCCAGUGGCAACCGUUUCCGCUUCUCCUGCCACUUUUGCUGCUCCUCCAGGAGUCGCUCAAGGUUCUUUUGCCGCUGCUGGUUCGGUUUCAUACGGUGCACCAACUGUUACUAAAUAUGCUGCCAUUCCGGCUGUUCAACACGUUCCUGCUGUUGCUGAUGUUCCAGUAACUAGAGUUAACACUCAAACUGGUGUUAUUCAAAACACUGUCGAUCUCGCUAGACCAGCUGUUAAAACUCAAAGAUUUGAAGUUAGACGACCAGCUAUUCAAAAACAAUUUUACGACAUCGAAGAACGUGUUGUUGUCAGACCAGCCGGAUCCGCCGUUGUCGAACUUAAUGAACCAUUGAGCAGAACUCAAAAAGGCCCAGCUGUUAUUCAAGCUACUGGUGAAGCUGUUCAAGUCGGCUCUCAAUCUGUAGCUGUUCCGACUGGACCAGCUGUCUCUACCGUCUCAGGACCCGCCGGAGUUGUUAGCGGUGGUUCUUCAUCUGUUCAAUCUGGUACCGUAACUGUCGGAGGUGGUUCUGGUGCUUUUGCCCCAGCUCCACCAGGUGCACCAGUUCAAGGCACUGCUUACGCUCCAGCUGCUCCAGUUCAAGGCACUGCUUACGCUCCAGCUGCUCCAGUUCAAGCUACCGCUUACGCUCCAGCCGCCCCAGUUCAAACUACAGCUUAUGCUCCAGCUGCCCCAGCUCAAGGAGUUUCUUACUCUGCACCAGCUCAAGGAGUUUCUUACUCCGCACCAGCUCAAGGAGUUUCCUAUUCCGCACCAGCUCAAGGAGUUUCCUAUUCCGCCCCAGCUCAAGGAGUUUCUUACUCUGCUCCAGCUCAAGGAGUCUCUUUCUCUGCCCCAGCUCAAUCAGUUUCUUACUCUGCUCCAGCUCAAGGAGUAUCUUUCUCUGCUCCAGCUCAAGGAGUUUCUUACUCUGCACCAGCUCAAGGAGUUUCUUACUCUACUCAAGCUCAUGGAUUCUCAUUCGCUAGUCCGGCUCAAGGAGUUUCCUACUCUGCCCCAGCUCAAGGAGUUUCCUACUCUGCCCCAGCUCAAGGAGUUUCCUACUCUGCCCCAGCUCAAGGAGUUUCCUACUCUGCCCCAGCUCAAGGAGUUUCCUACUCUGCCCCAGCUCAAGGAGUUUCUUACUCUGCACCAACUCAAGGAGUUUCUUACUCUGCUCCAGCUCAAGGAGUCUCUUUCUCUGGCCCCGCUCAAACUGUUACUGUUUCUGCUCCAGCUCAAACUGUUUCCGUUUCCGCUCCAGCUCAAGGAGUCUCUUACUCCGCUCCAGUGUCUGGUGUCUCAGUUUCUGCUCCAACCCAUGGAGUAUCUUUCUCUGCCCCAGCCCAAACUGUUUCUGUUUCUGCUCCAGCUCAAACUGUAGCCGUUUCUGCUCCAGCCCAAGGAGCUUCUUUCUCUGCCCCAGCUCAAUCAGUUUCUUUCUCUGCCCCAGCUCAAUCAGUUUCUUACUCUGCUCCAGCUCAAGGAGUUUCCUAUUCUGCCCCAGCUCAAACUUUAACCGUAUCUGCUCCAGCUCAAAGUGUUGCUGUUUCUGCCCCAGCUCAAACUGUAUCUGUAUCUCCUGCUCCAGUUCACUCCGCUCCAGCUAGUGCUCCAGUUCAAACUGUUGCCGUUACUCCAGCUCCAUCUGUCACCGUAUCUUCCCCAUCCCAAACUCUCGCUCCAGCUCCAACCGUUGCCGUAUCUGCUCCAGCUCAAACCGUUUCCGUUUCCGCUCCAGUCGUAGCUCAAGUUCACUCCGCCGGUGUUUCCGGACUUUCUGUUGGCGGCGCUUACGCCCCAGGUACUUUCACAACCGCCGCUCCAUCUUACUCCGCCGGUGGAUUCAGAUCUAACGGAGUUGUCGGAUAUCAAACAUACGCCGCUCCAUCUGCUGCCCCAGCCUUAUUCAGCUCUGCUUCCGCUCCAGGCUACUCAACCUCUUUGACCGAAGCCGGCCUUGCCUCAAACGGAAACUCCAGAGUUAACCACGAAAACCAACAAAAAUUGCUUCAACUUCUCACCGCCAGAGGAGUUGACUACUGCAAAAGUUUUGCAAGAUUAAUUAAUCACACUCACGAUGACCUUGUACCAUCAAAUCACAAAAAUUCCAAGAAAGAAUUUUCACAUAAAAUAAAUACGAAUCGAGGAGUCACCGAAGUUGGCUUUGAAAGAUCCGGAAGUGCUUCUCCAUUUCCAAUCAGCGCGGGAGGAGUCAGAGGAAGAGUUGUUUCCGCAACUCCAGCUCCAGCUUUUGCUGCACCGACCAACGAACGCGUCAACACCAGAAGAGUAGUUGUUAGCCGUCCGGUCGAAACUCUUCAGGAAGUCGAAGUUGCCGAACCCGUGACCAAAUACGAAAGAGUUCAAACAGCUCAACCGACCGUUUUCAAAAGUGCCAGUCACGAUGUUGUAAGAGUACCAACUUCCGUACCGGUACACGGUAAAAUCUUAGCUCCAGUCGCCGAAGAAAGUUACUCUCCACUUCCAGCCGGAUGGCAAUAA